CUUAAAAUCUUUUCUCUUAUUUGCAUCACUAGAGAUCUAAAAAUUUUAGAAUUUGAUUGAAAGAUCAUAUCCAAAAUCCAUAUUUUUGUUCUUAUGGAUUCUUCAGCUUUCAGGAAAACAGUUUGGAAGAACCCUUUCAAUUUCACCAACACAAUUAAGGUUCCUCGUGGCGGCCUAGGCGACAGUUUCUCACAUGUAAAAGAAGUUACGAAUGAUCUCAUCAAUUCCCAGAUUCCGUCCAUCAAACUUCACGAGAAGGUUACAAAUGUAUACUAUGAUUAUAUGCAAUUAAGUAAAGGAAUAAGCCAAGGGAGUGUAGAAGUUGUGAAAGAUGUCUUGAACCGUCGUCCGGGCGCUGUGGACGAAUGGAUAAACCCUUAUGAGACACCAUUGUUGAAGGCUUGCGCAUGUGGAAAACCCGAGAUUGUUAAAGAGCUUCUUCUUCGCAUGAAACCUGAACAAAUGCUUCCCAAGAUGAGCCGUCACACUUCAUACCAUACACCUCUUACUGUUGUCGCAGUCACCGGAAACAUGGAGAUUGCCAAAUACUUGCUUGGCAAGAACUUUGGGCUGCUAAAGAUGCCAGACAUAAAUGGACAGCUUCCGGCCGUGGUUGCAAUUGAGAACGGGCAUAAAGAGAUGGCUUGGUACUUUUACGGGAAAACUAUGCGUCCUCAGUUACUUGAUCAAGAUGGGUACCACGGUACCUUGCUCAUUAUCAACGCCAUCUACUACAAAAUGAUUGAUAUUGCGCUGUAUUUUCUCAGCGAAGAGACUCGCUACCGUGCCGUCACAAAACACUUGCAGAUAGAGUCGACUCCCAUCAUCGUUUUAGCUUCGAAACCGGACCUUUUCCCCAGCGGCUGCCGUCUCGGACCAUUGGAACGCAUCAUAUACAAUUGUAUACAAGUAAAGCUUCAGGCUAAUCCAGGUUGGUUUUAUCCAAAAAAAGAUCAGCAAACUACCCUGAUGAGGAGGCUGCUUAAGUGUCUCUCCAAAUGGACUGGAAUAGAUGAAGUGUACCAACUGAAGGUUAUGCAUCUACAAGCCAAGAAGCUUUUAUUGGUAAUAUCAGAAGAAACACGGGCCAUGGGAUUGAAGGAACGUUCCGAGACAGUGGGUGAGGCCUUACUCUUUGCAGUAAGGUAUGGGAAUGUGGAUUUCUUGGUGGAGAUGAUCAAGAACAACUCCGAGCUUCUAUGGUCCACGAAAACGAGCUUGAGUAGAACUCUGUUUCUCUUGGCCGUCGAGUUGAGACAAGAAAAAGUGUUUAGUCUACUCUACGGUCUGGACGAUAGGAAGUACUUGUUGCUCGCGGAAAGGGACUGUGAUGGCAAUGGUAUGCUUCAUCUCGCCGGCUAUCUUUCUCCUCCUUGCAAGCUCUCUACCGUUACUGGCGCAGCUUUGCAGAUGCAACGUGAGUUACAAUGGUUCAAGGAAGUGGAGAAAAUUGUAGCAGAGAUCGAGAAGCAUAGAGUAAACUCGAGUGGACAAACACCAAUCGAGAUAUUCACAAAGGAGCACCAAACAUUGCGCCAAGAAGCUGAGAAAUGUAUGAAAUACACGGCGAUGUCGUGCAGCUUAGUCGCGACUCUCAUAUUCACGGUCACCUUCGCGGCCGUCUUCACCGUUCCCAACUACAACUCACACGGCAAACCCUUUCACCUACGUGAUCGUGCUUUCACCACAUUCGUCUUCUCCGAUCUGAUCUCCUGCUUCGCAGCUUGCACCUCCGUCCUCAUUUUCCUCGGGGUACACACCGCAAGGUACUCCUUCGAUGAUUUCUUGUUCUCGCUACCGGCAAAGAUGAUCGCCGGACUCUCCAUACUGUUCGUUUCAAUCGGGGCAAUGCUUAUUGCCUUCUCGUCGGCGCUAUUCACGAUGAUGGAUAAAGAGAAAUGGAUCGUUGCUCCGACGAUCCUUCUCGCAUGUUUACCGGCGCUGCUGUUUGUUCUGCUUCAGUAUCCUCUCCUCAAAGAAAUGAUCUUUUCGACUUACGGUAAAGGAAUCUUCGACAGGACUUAAACUGUUUGGCCAAGCCGUUUAAGCAGUGUUACAUAUGUAUAGUUCUAUUUUUCUUGUCAUGUUCAUUAAAUUUAACGCUGAAAAGAGUUUGCUCUGUUUUGUUUAGAUAAGUCUGUUUCUCUUGUACUUUUAGCAAAAUUGAGUAGUACGUCAUGCUGUUUUUAAUCAAUUUGGGGCAAUGUU